AUUCUGCAACAACUCUUUUACUUUCAUGUCGAUUGACGAAAAAGCCUGUGGAUGCUCUGAGAGUAUUGUCGACAAAGUAGAAUGUUCAUUUUGCUUGGGUUUCAAGUCAUCCUCGAUGCAGUAAAGAUGUCGAGCGAUCUGAUGACCAGCGGAGUCGAUUCCAAAGGCAGGAUGUGGUGAUUUCGUUGCUACAUAAGUAAGCAAAUGAAGAAGCAUCAUUGCGGAAUUUAAUUCUUCCACCAUCUUUGCAUGUACUCGUACACUCUGUUACUGCUACCUGCUACUGCUAUUGCUGUUCGGUCCACUACGAGUUCUUAUGGCAGCAAGCAUGCACACUGCCACAUUGAUUGCAGCUGCAGCUGCCGCAGCCGCUGCCUAGAGGAUUGGAAGAGUUGAAGAGAAAACUGGGAGAAAGAUGGCAUUUUGGAGCGACCUCAGCGGUGGUGGCGGAGGUGGAGGAGGAUUUUUCGACCUCAAUCUGUCGAAGAAGACGUCCGUCUUCGGUCUCAGACUCUGGGUUGUCCUCGGCGCCUGUGUCGGCGCCGCCGUCGUCCUUCUCUUCUUCCUCCUCUCCCUCUGCCUCUCCUCCCGCCGCCGAGGCCGGAGCUCGCGCUCCCUGCCCUCCUCCGGUUUCCCAGCCCGCCCCGUCUCCUCCCGGAAGCCACUCCGGCUCCACCUCAGCGACCCCACGCCUCCCGUCUCGAAGGACAUAUCCGAGAUCCCCCUCCCUGCUCCCCCUGCCGUCGCCGUCGAGCCCCGGCUCGACCUCAGGAAGGCCGAGCACCGCCGUCCUCCCCUGGUGCCGGAGGUCUCGCACCUGGGAUGGGGGCGGUGUUACACGCUGCGGGAGCUGCAGGCGGCGGCCGGAGGGUUCGCCGACGAGAAUGUGAUAGGGGAGGGUGGCUACGGGAUCGUGUACCGCGGCAGGAUGCCGGAUAACACCCUCGUUGCCAUCAAGAACUUGCUCAAUAACAGGGGUCAAGCAGAAAGGGAGUUCAAGGUUGAAGUGGAUGCCAUUGGGCGUGUCCGCCACAAGAAUCUAGUGAGGUUGCUGGGCUACUGCGUCGAAGGGGAGCACAGGAUGCUUGUGUACGAGUACUUGGAUAAUGGUAGUCUCGAUGAGUGGCUUCAUGGAGACAUUGGGGAAGUGAGUCCCCUAACCUGGGACAUCAGGGUGAAGAUUAUCCUUGGAACUGCAAAAGGGUUAUCUUAUCUCCAUGAAGGCCUUGAACCAAAGGUUGUGCACCGCGAUGUGAAGUCUAGCAAUAUACUACUCGAUCAAAAUUGGAAUCCUAAAGUGUCUGAUUUUGGACUCGCAAAGCUCUUGUGCUCCGAGAGGAGCUACAUUACCACUCGUGUUAUGGGUACAUUUGGCUAUGUCGCCCCAGAAUAUGCGAGCACCGGCAUGCUGAACGAAAGAAGCGAUGUUUACAGCUUCGGAGUACUUAUCAUGGAGAUCAUAUCCGGAAGAUCUUCAGUUGAUUACUCGAGACCCAAUGGAGAGAUUACUUUGGUCGAUUGGUUAAAGAGGAUGGUAGGUGCCAAACGAUCUGAGGAAGUAGUGGAUAGUAGGAUGCCUCAGAAGCCAUGCCCCAAAGUAGUAAAAAGGAUGAUUCUGGUGGCCCUUCUCUGCGUCGACCCCGACGCGCAGAAGAGGCCUAAGAUGGGGCAUGUGGUCCACAUGCUCGAGAGGGAUAAUUUGUUAACUCAAGAUGUAAAGAUCAAUCUGUUGUCCCAUGAUUCCUCAUCUUUGAAAAGGGUUUUCUUAACAGGAGCGUGAACCGGUGCAGAAAGCAUUUGUUGAUCGAUAAUUACAACACAUCGAAGGAUGGGAGAACCAGAUGAGCAAGCACAUUGUCAGGGUGGAGGCCACACAUCUGGUCAAUUUAUUGUUACAUGCUAAUGGGGCAAUUAGUACAACUAUGUAGCUGUACUGUAAACAUAUUGUGGCUCGGUCUCCUAUGAAUUCUCUAGUGGAUUUUUUGUUUUCAGAGUGAAUGCCCAAAAGAAACAUUUUUUCUUUA